GGGUCUGUGGUGGGACGAGCUGUGCGCGGGAAAGGGAGCGCUGCGCGAGGAAAGAGACAUGAGCGGCGCGCAGAGCCACUACGCGGAAUGCAGUGCCCUCUAUCAUCAGCUGAGAGACCUUGUCAUCAAUGUGGACCAGUUCAUCGAAAACAUGUCGGCACAGUCUGACGAUGGCAUGGAUGAAGAGCAGAUGGGAAUCCCAGACUCGCCCGCCCGCAUGCCCGACAAAUAUCGAGAAGUGCGAGCGUGGGUGAUGGGGCUGCCGGAGGUCAAGCGUGCUCUCGCAAUCGGAUCUGCGACGGCAGACGAAGCGUACAAGAUGACCGUCGAGAUGGAAGCGGAUCGCAUGAGGCUUGAUUGGGAGGGGUCGGAGGUGACAGAAGAUGGGCCUGAUCCCGUUCAUGAUAACGUCGAUCCCGCGUCAGAGUAUGGCCAAGCGCUGGCGCGAGCGAGUCGGGCAGCAGAGCGCGGACAGCUGCAGCGUCCAGCUCCAACAAUUGAUCCGGCUCGCGCACUCGACGCGUACGUUGAUCCGGAACCAUUGAGAGCGUGGGAUGGCGAUGAUGAAUAUGAUGGCAUUCCAUGGGCACAGCAUAUUCAACCCUUCGCGGCGGGUGAACAGGAUAACCCUCAGGUUGAUGAGAUGAGGUCCUCCGAUAGGCUUCUCAAUUCGAUGCGUCGGCGUUGGAAUAUCUCGGAGUAACCUCUGGCAAUGAGAUGGGGAAGACUGCACUGAGGAAAGUGAUGAAGCUGGGCGAUGGCAAGAGAUAUCACAGGGGUAUGGAGUCUGCCGGAUUA